CUAAAUGAUUCUCAUUUACCCCAAAGUCUUCUGAAAUUUGUUUUCUUCCAGUUAUGCAAAUUACUGAUAGAUACAAACUUGAUAAAACUUUGGCUCAUACUUUAAACCAGGCCUUGUAAGGGGAGUAUUUAUGUGUAUUUAGUGUGAAAAGUAUCAACAAUUCCAAACAAUGCUUUUUCAAACAAAGCUCACUUUUCAAAUAACAAACAAAGUUGCUAACUUGUUUUGGUUUGAUACUCUGGUCCAGUUUCUGUUGUUGUUCUAAACAAUUCAGCCAUUGUCAUUGCACAGAGAUUUGACAUGAUCAUUGAAAAUUAGUUGAUCAACCAGGAGUCAAAACACCAUCUAGCAUUGUUCAACUUAAAUUGUUAUCUUCGUCUGUUUCUAUGCAUAGUUUGUUAUCUUUCCCUGCCCAUAAGCAAAACAAAUAAAAUUUUCUUCACUUGACAUCCACCUUAUAUUGGUCCUUUCAUUUCGACAAUGAUGAUAUAUCAGCUUGGUCGAUUAGGUCAGGAAUGUUCUCCAAAUGAUAGAUGCUCUCCAUACAGCAGCGACGAGCAACCUUUUUUAUUUUGGGGCCAUAUCCAUGACUUUCAUACCCAGGUAAGGUGGGUCGUUCUAGGACAAGUUUAGCAAAUUUUUUGUUUCAGUGUAACACCUCAACAGGUUUCAACAUAAAAUUAAAACCGUAUAGCAAUGAAGAACUGCAAUCCUCUUGGUUCACCAGGUCUUCUCCCUGGAUCAGGGGUUUGCUCCCAAAUCAGAAUAUCAAGAGAGCUCAAGCUUUGCUGGCAUUUUCAAUUUGUCCCGUGCUCCUUGUUUACCUAUUGUCAUGACUGCUUCAUUUAAUUUCAUUUUUAAUUAUUGACACAGGGUAAAGUUGUCAAUUAUGUAUACAUAAAUUCCUUUCCAAACUGUUCUAUACAAAGAAAAAGAUAAACCCUAUAAAAUUACAAUACGAAUAUACAGCAUAGAAUAACAAACCAGGAAUAAAAAUGGUUCCCUUAUGUCCUGGAGUUUUUAAGACAGUUUUAAUUUUGACCACAUUUUUGGCCACGGACACGUGAAUCUUUUACGAUCAAGUCACUUACUGGCUGCCAGCCAAGUUUCCUACGAUCAAGUCACUUACUGGCUGCCAGCCAAGUUUCCUUAAAAUUCAAAGAUCAGUAGCGUUAUAGGUGCUUUUGGUUACGAUUCUAGCCGCACCAUUUUGUAGUUUCUGUAGCUUUUCUAUUGUAUUUUAUGACUUGUAUGUCUACCAUACCAUAUUUAAUUGGGGCACCUCCCUGUGUAGAUGUUUCUAAUGAUCCUAAAAUGUUCUGUUCAUAAAGUUCAAUGUUAGUUGGCAGUUAAUAUUACGUCGAGAAGAAAUUCGCUGGUUGGCCGGAUUUGGACCGUAGUUUGCAUCGUAAGCUAAUUCGAGUUACCUGUGGCUGUUUCUGGUGAAAUGCAAUUUCUGUGUUCAGGGCAUCAUUUUCAUCACACACGAAAAACACUGGGAUAGCUCGUAUACUUCUGCAAAACAUCGCUACCGGGGCCUUCCGUACAUUCGAAUAAUGGCUAACAUCCUCAUCUUCUUCGAUAAUGAACAAUUUUCAAACUAUUCCAUCCCUUUGGCCCGUUAACACAACCUCAUUAAAAGGUAACGCAGGAUUGAUUUGUAUUUGUAAUUUUUCCUUCAAAUGAUCGUGUGACCUAAAGACUUAUAUACGAUCUCUUUUUCUAUUGGAAGAAACAUUUCCCCAGGCAGGAUAAACUAGAUUCGCGUUAUUAGAUUGGGUUCUACAUCUACAUCUAUAUCUACAUCGAUACUGAGCAGGACCGAGUAUCAGUAUAAUGCUCAGAGUGCAAGAAAAAAUGAAAUAAAAGUUUAAUGGAUAAAAUGUGCUAGAAGAUGCCACUGAUCAAUGGUUAGAUUGAUUGAACAUUUACAUGUCAAAUGAGAGGGUUCAUAAUAUAUCUAUGUUCUCCAUUCCGCCAUACGAUUCGAAGCUGUGAAAGCACUUUCAUGUAACAGCACAUGCGUAACUAGAAACUUCCAAACACGAACCUGAACCUUAAAUAUAUGCAGAGAAGGAUAUUACACGUAUUUGACCUAUACUUUUAUCGCACUAGUUUGCCUUUUAUUUGUUUAUUGUUAGACAUAAUUUCUGUAAGAAAACACACAUGAUUUCUUUUUUCAAAAAACUGCAUUCUAAUAGCGAGGUAAAAAGACAAUUCUAGCCUUUUUUCGGUUCCCAAUAUGGACUAAAGUUGUGGAUAAUUACUUUUUACAUUUUUCAGGCUUUGCUUUGUGAUAUUGAAGUGGUUAUUACGGGCUAGAAUAUAACGAAGUGGCAUUUCUAUUGUUUAUACUAAAUUGAAAUAUUCUUGAUUAUGUUAUCAUGAAGUUAUAUUUCCAAAAACACAACUUAAACCUCAAAAAUAUUUUAGUUUAAUUAUGGAAUGAGGGGUUUUCUUUACUGUAAGUACUGUCAGUACUGUAGUCAUUGGCUAUACCCAAAACGAGGCCGAUUUAGCAUCAGAGCAGUCCUCUAAAAUCACUGUUUUGACGUCACAUUGAAGUUAGUUUACUUUUCUUCAUGUUGCGCUACAUCCCGUCAUUUGCACUUUUAAACUCGUAACAAUUAGUCGCAUAUUUGCAAAAAUGGCAGAUUUUGAGUCGGAUGACGAAUUUGUUACAUCCGGGGACUAUUUAAAGGGCCCAGGAGAAUAUGAUGGAGACAGAAAUGAAGAAGGGGAAAGACAUGGCAACGGCAAGGCGACGUACAGCAAUGGUGAUAAGUAUACAGGGCAGUUUGAGAAAGGCAAGCGUAGUGGUGCUGGGACCUAUCAUUUCAAGAGAGCAAGGUAUUUUGGGGAUUACAAGGACGGUAAACGGGAUGGGAAUGGCGUCAUGAUCUAUCCGGACGGAAGCAAAUACUCUGGAGCUUGGAAAAAUGGAUUGAAAAAUGGCAAGGGAACCUAUACAUUUGUCAACGGAGACGAAUUCGAUGGUGAAUGGCAAAAUGACCUAAAACAUGGGCGUGGUCGGUAUUGCUACAAGGAAACUGGGACUGAAUUUCUAGCAAAAUGGGUUGAAGGACAACAAGUUGGCACUGCACGCUGGGUGCACAAAGAUCAUGAAUACGAGGGUCAUUUCAAAGAAGGCAGUCCGUGCGGAAGAGGCAAAUACUCAUUCAGGACUGGGUGUGAGCUUCAGGGAUAUUACGUCAUUAAGGAUAUCGUGCGGCAGGUAGACAAGAGAAUGGAGCUAGUUGGAAGGGAACCAAUUUGGCAUGCCCAGUUGCUGUCUCAUUCGAUGGCAUCGAAAGAAGUAUGAGAAGAUUGUGUUUGUAUUGAGUAGACUAUGGCUUUUAGAUUAUUACAUAUUCAAAAAGUGUAUUCUCAUACAUAUGUAUAGCUAAUUUAUACUGUUACUGACGAACACGUCAGUGAACUUAAAG